UCCAUUAAAAUUUUAGAUUUGUUGAGAAUAAAUGAGUGAAUUCAACCAAAGUAGAGUAUAAAACGAAAAACUUCUCCUGAUAAAAUUACUCUCUAAAAUAUUUUUAUUUAUCGGAUACCAAACAAAAUGGUUGAGGAAUUGAAAAAAGAAAUGCGCAAAAUUGAAAAUCUCGUAGGCUGUAAAAUGAAAUUGGAUGUUACUUCAAAAGCUUCGACAGAUGAAUUAAUAAGAGCUCUGCUUUCCAAAUAUAAAGGUGAUCUAUCAGAUACGCUACGCCUCCACCGUUUAGAAUUAUUCUAUGAUUUAGAAAAUGCUCGCAAAAAAGAACAGAGGUCCGUAGAAGUCGAAGAACAGUUUGUCAUGUUUAAGAAAGUUAAUAAAACGAAGGAGUCAGAAGUUGAUGAAGAAGAAGAAGAAGCAGAAGAAGAAGAGCGUUUAGGGAAGAAAAACGAACACCUUCGACAGAAGGAUGUUGUGUCGAUCAGAGCUGGUGAAAUCGAUAACUGGAAAGAUUUGAUGGAGCUUUCAAAAGCGUAUUAUGUUUUGGAACAUCCAAAUUCUCAAAGUCUCACGUGGAAACGAAGAGUCACUAAGAAGAAUUACAUUGAUAAAUUUAGUGAUAAAGAUUUAAUUGAAUGGAGAGUAUCGCAACGGUUCCGAUUAAAAAGUUUAGAAGAAUGGGAUAGAAGCAGGGAGGAAGAAAGAAAACUGGCCUCCAAGUCUUCUUACAAUCUUGAUGGUUUGUUAGAUGAUCAAGAAAGUAGGGAUUUGGAAGACAUGUUUCAUAUUUUGGAGAGUAAAAAGCAGAAGAAACCUAAAAUGACUAAAUUACGAAAAAUCUUAAUGUCAGAAAGACCUUUUAAAUUUAAAGAUGAAAGUCUUGAAGACUGGACUGAAAGUUAUUCUGAAGAUAGUGAGGGGCCAGGAGCAGAUGAAAUUGAAGAAGACGCUCUUGAUAUGAGUGAGAAAGAAGAUUUUCAGGUUGGUGAGAUUGCUGAAAUUUCUAAAGAAUCUGAAUUUGAUGAAGAAUCUACUAUAUCCGAAAUAUUUUCUUCAUAUGAAGAAUUUCAUCCUUAUAAGAAUCCUGAUAUUGAAGAUGACUUGAAAGUCGAAACGAAGAAAUGGAAAAUUAAGAUCCCAAUUUCCAAUUAGCAAAGUCAAUAGGCAAUGUAAAAAUUUAGGGAAAGAUAUGAUAUUUCAAGACUAAUCUGAAUAUACCUAAAAUAUGGGUAAACAUUCUUACUUUUACGAAUAGUAAAGCUCUAUAUUUAACUUGCA